CAGCCCGCACUAGUCACGUCAUUAGCCUCGCACUCUGGGUGCGAUGGGUGUUCUGUGGCUUUUUUAGCGUUUCACCUUUAAAUGAGCGUGUUUGAUCUCUUCCGCGGGUUUUUCGGGCUGCCCGGAGGCCGCUAUCGCGGUGAUGGCCGAAGGGAGCCCUUCUUUGAUGGAAUGACGCAAGAAGAGGAUGAUGAAGAAGAGGACGAGGACGCUGGACUCCGUUAUGAUGACUGGGGCCGCUCAGAUGAAGAGCUGCUAGACGAGCCGUUCAGGUUCGGUUUCAGUUUCGGACCCAGCGGGCUGCGCAUCCACGAGCCGCCGAUGUUCGGGCAGAUGUUCAGGGAGAUGGAAGAGAUCUUCGACAGUCUGGGCCGCUUUGGUCAAGGUUUCCCCAGUAUUGAAGCUCCACCCCAGGAAGGAGCAGAAGAGAGCAGGAGAAGAGGAGGACAAAGUGGGAACUCUCUUAGAGACUUCAUGUUGAAGAACCCAGAUUAUUCCCCCCAUAGUCCCCCCUCUAUAGCACCAAGAGAUGAAAAUUCGUCACCAAGCAUCCCAAGGAGUCCUUUCCACCACUGGUCUCCCUUUUCCAGGUUUAAGGACAUUUGGACAGAUGGACCAAGACAGAGAGAUGAAGAAAAGAAAGAGGACGGAGAUCUGGAUUCACAGGUGUCCUCAGGUGGAUUAGAACAGAUCUUAACUCCAGCUCCAACACAGCCCGAAACAAAAUCAUUCUUUCAGUCCGUCACAGUUACCAAAGUAGUAAAACCAGAUGGGACUGUAGAAGAGAGACGUACAGUUAGGGAUGGCCAGGGGAAUGAGAAGACUACAGUGACACGCUCAGGACCAGGUGUCCAGGAGGGUCCACAGGAUCAGUCUGGGCCACUCAUGCCAGGUGGCUCUCAGCAUUUCUCAGACUUGCAUGAUGAGUUUUCAAUGUUCUCGAAGUUCUUUGGCAGCUUCAAACGCUGAAUGGAGGAAGACUAGCUUUUUCAGCUGUUCUCAGUAUGCCACAGACUGCUCUGUUGUGUAUAUUUCAUCACUAUGUCCAUGAACUUACCUUUCAACAGACCUACACUGUAAUAGUUACUCUUUGCAGAGUUUAUAAGUUAUUUUUAACAGCCUUUUUGGCUUCGAUCUGUACAUAGACUGCAUUCUGAGAAUAGAAAUAAAAGAUAAUAUUCAAAUGUU